AUGUCUACACCGGCUGAUAAUACCAACCAAGAAAACUCCGUUGCCGUAGCUCCUAUUACCUGCAUGGAGUCUGUGAACAGGGUUGCCAAACUCCCGAUGGUCGAAUCCACUAUCCAGACCGCGCACAACCUCUAUGAAAAAGUCAAAGAAUACAAUAACGUGACCCAUUGGACCCUACAAACCGCCGAAGAUACCGCCUUUAAAGCGGUUGAUAUCGCCAAACCCUAUGCCACCCCGGUUAUCAAAAACCUGGAGGGGCCAAUCAAGAAAGUUGAUGGGGUGCUGUGCUCCGGAUUGGAUUACGUUGAGAGCAAAGUGCCCGCCGUUAAACUACCACCUAAAGAAAUUCUUCUACAGAUCUACGAAAACACCAAAGAGUACGUGACUCCCGCGAUGGAAACCGCUAAAUCUUACGUGGAGCCCGCGGUUAAAACCGCCAAAGAUGUGUUGGAGCCGGCCUUUGAGAAGACCCGCAGCGUUGUAGAGCCCAUUGUGGAGCCUAUUGUCGAAAACGUUAGGCAUAAGGUUGACGAGUACCUGCAUAGAAACCAAGAAGAUUCGACAGCAGCCGAAGCAGAACAGACUGAAGACGCUUCGCCUAAGCAAGAACCUUCACCUGACACUAGUACUGGCAGCCUGAAUAGUACCACUGGUUCAGCCACAUCGUCUUAAAUUGUGUUUUUUUUUUAUAUAUUAUGUUAUUUUUUGUUACUUUUUAAUAUAGUUUCACGUUCUAUUUAAAACACUUUCAUAAUUUUUGUAUGGCUCAAAAGAUUAUACUUAAGACUGUUUAAAAUUAAGGCAAUACAUUAAUUAUAUUUUAAUUUAUUAGAAUAAGUCAAAUAAUCUAAUAUUUAAUUCUAGUACUAUACACUGUAUUUUUGUUUUCAAAUUAAAAGGAUAUUUAAAAA